CUCAUCGCGUUUCGUCGGCGUCGUUAUCGUCUUUUUGGUGGUGGCGCGCGUGGUCGUGAGUGCGACCGCACGACUAUAAUAUAAUAUUUAUAUUUUUAUACAACCGGUUCGGCCGAGACGCUUUUUUUCGGUUCUCCCCUUAUUGGAUUGGCCUGUAUAACUCUUAUUCCGGCGGAAUCGGGAGUGUCACUCCUACGCCGUCGUCGCAGUCUACUAUAGGUGCAUUAUAAAUUAUAAAUUAUAAAUUUGAACCCAUACACAUGCAUACAUAGUAGUACCGUCCGCGUCCUCCGUCCGGAUGCUGCAGCUGCUGCAGAAAUAUUAUGUUACUAUUCUACGCAAGGCUCCGAUUUCGUAACGAUGGGUGCCGUUGAAAUGCAUUAUACAAUCAUAUAUUGUCCUAGUCGCAAUUUAUUCCCUAGCUCAAAUUCAUACCAUUAAAGCUGUGAUGACCGUUAUGGCAGUAUCGAUUGAUGAAAUACGUGAAAGUAUUAACAUGGCUCGUGAGAUGGCUUUGACCGGAAAUUACGAUUCGUCAUUAGUGUAUUAUGAAGGAGCCAAGUUACAAUUGGGACGAUUCUUGUCUACUGUUGAUAUUCAAACACGGCGAGAAACCUGGCGAAGCAUUCAACGUCAGAUUAAUGAUGAAUGUGAACAAUUAAAAUUGUAUUCAAACACAUUAAAUAAAUUAAAACAGUUACGAAGUAACGACUAUGAAAGGAAUGAGAGGCCACUGAGUGCAUCUACUCCAGCAUUGAAUAGAAAUAAUAGAAAUGAUAGAAAUGAGGAUAUAUCACCCGUUGAUGGAUUGUCAUGGUUUGGUACAACCCGUCAACAGGUUAAUGGCAGUGGCUCCCUAGAAUGGCCCCCAGCAAAUAAUAAUGAUCCUGAUGUCUGGCCACCCCCAUCACCCGUUGAACAUAGACCCGGGCCACAAGUUAGGCCACAAAAAACAUCUCGACGUAAUGAAAUAUCACGAGUAGCCAAUAGAAAUCAAAAAAUUGGACCAAACAAUACCCGUAACAGUGCCACUAGAUCUCAGAUAGCAAAAAAAAAUGAUGAUGUCAAAAAAGGUCCGAAAAAAGAUACUAAUGGUCAUAAUACAAAUGGAACGAGUGAUAAAAAUGAUAAAGAUAAGGAUGAAAAAGAAGUUUUGAAACCAGAUGAAAAACGGUUUGAUUGUUCCUCUUAUGAUCAAGACCUUGUCGAUAUGCUAGAAAGAGAUAUUGUACAGAAAAACCCUAAUAUAAGAUGGACUGACAUAGCUGAAUUAGAUGAAGCUAAACGUCUCUUAGAAGAAGCGGUAGUACUUCCUAUGUGGAUGCCAGAUUUUUUUAAGGGAAUUCGGCGGCCUUGGAAAGGAGUCUUAAUGGUUGGCCCUCCCGGAACGGGGAAAACAAUGCUUGCAAAAGCAGUGGCAACAGAGUGUAGAACUACUUUCUUUAAUGUAUCUUCAUCAACACUAACUUCUAAGUAUAGAGGUGAAUCUGAGAAACUUGUCAGACUCCUAUUUGAAAUGGCAAGGUUUCAUGCUCCAUCAACGAUAUUCAUUGAUGAAAUAGAUUCUCUUUGUUCGCGGAGAGGCUCAGAGUCUGAACAUGAGGCAUCCAGAAGAGUGAAAUCCGAACUCUUAGUCCAAAUGGAUGGCUUAAGUGAUACAAGUACAGAAGAAGAAUCAGGGGCUAGCCGUAUUGUGAUGGUACUGGCAGCUACCAAUUUCCCUUGGGAUAUAGAUGAGGCACUUAGGCGUAGACUGGAGAAACGUAUAUAUAUUCCUCUACCCAACAGUGCUGGUCGAGAAGCGCUACUGAGAAUAAACCUUAGGGAUGUUAAAGUAGAACCUGAUGUAAACUUAACAGAGAUAGCUACCAAACUUAAAGGUUACUCUGGGGCAGACAUCACUAACGUCUGCAGGGACGCUUCUAUGAUGUCAAUGAGACGUAAGAUUGCUGGAUUAAAACCUGAUCAGAUUCGGCAAUUGGCCAAAGAAGAAGUGGAUUUGCCAGUGUCCUUCCAAGAUUUUAAUGAAGCAAUAGCAAAGUGCAACAAAAGUGUUUCGUCAGAUGAUUUGACCAAAUAUGAAAAGUGGAUGGGCGAAUUUGGAUCCUCUUAAUUGUUGCAGAUGAUGAACUGUAUUUUUUUUCUAUGCAGACCAUUAUUUUGAAUUCUUUUUUCUUUUUUGUUAAUUGUGUAUAGAAAUAGGAGGACGACUAAAUACUAUUUACUUUUUAUUUUAAUUGUUUAUGGCUGUGCUAGCUUUUGAACUUUAUAUGCUCACAACGAAAAACACAUACUUAAAGUAUUGAAAAAGAAACUAAUAUUUUUUAAGUUUUUUUUUUUUUGUCUGGAGGAAUAAUUUUAAUUUUACAUUUGUUUAAUUUAAAACCUAAAAAAAACUUAAAGUAUCUUGCCAUUUUUAUUGAAUCAAAAUAUUUAAAAAUAGUCAUAUCUUGGUUUAAUUUAUUCUACCUGUUAUUAUAUGCUGUAUGGGAUAUAAUAUUGUAAUGUUUUAUUCUAUACAAUUAUCUGUUCCGCACUUAUAUAAUUUUAAUGCUAACUAUUCAGAUUACAACCGUUGAUCAGUAACUUCUAGGUCCCUAAUGUGAUUUAUAUAUAAUAAUUUAUUUGUUAAUUUAUUCAACAGCCUUAAAUUUUAUAUUGUAAAAAAGUCACUUGUAAUUUAUUGAGUAAAACAAAAUUUUCCUAA